UGGCGUCAACAGAUACAUAACUUUUUUCUUUAGAUAUCGCAAGCGGUAAAGUAGGACUUCGAGAACGAAGGGCUACGUCGUGUAGCGUAGAAAGAAACGCACAUUGGCUGAGCUUUAGAGGACAGUGCGCUGCACGAAACUGCCGUUAUAGUCAGGGCUACACUUCGGCCGAGUCUCGGAAGCAGACGACGGGACCGGGCUCGAAGCAUCGCGUCGUCUGCUUUCGUGGAGCACGUGAUGCAACGGAGUGCCCGAGUAGGAUAGAGCAAAAGAACAAAAACAUUACGCGACGAGUGGUGCAGCUGGACCAGGAAACCAUGGGGACCAUGCUCGCGGUGCUGUGCACGUUGGCGGGACUCGCCGAGAUCGCCCACUGCAAGCAGAGAGCGCGCACAGCCGGGGAUUCGUGCUGGGCGGCCACCGACUCGCAUCUCUCCAAGAAACGGAUCCCGGUGCAAGUUGUCCGACAGCUGAACGAGGCUCAGGACUUGCACGAUGUGCUGCGCAUGUGCUCGGGUGGCACGAGCACCUCAUGGCGGCGAAUAGGCACUUACGGCAGAAAACUGCUGGACGCCCCAAGGAGCAACCGGGCGGACACCAUCGAUGAAGAGAUGAUGCAAGGUGACGCACCGGCUGAACAACGGAAGCGGACCCUGCGCCUGGACAAGCGAGCCACGUGCAGCCCUCGGCCGGUGCCCGUGCGGGUGCCACAGCCGCGGGACCCGGACGCGCUCUUCUACCCGACAUGCGCCGACGUGGAGCGCUGCGCCGGAUGCUGCGGGCACCACCUGCUGCGCUGCAGGGCCAGCGCUUUCCGAAACGUCACCAGACAGGUGUUCGCCCUGCGGCUGGCCUCGAACAAGUCUAACGCCAUCAACUUCGAGGGCUUCAAGAACGUGCGCCUCGUUGAGCACGCCCAAUGCCGCUGCGAGUGCAAGGUGCGUCCUCACCACUGCAGCCGGGGCCAAACUUAUCGAGAGGAUCGCUGCCAGUGCGUGUGCAACAACGCCUGGAUGGCGAGCCAUUGCAGUGGUGCACACAUCUGGGACGCGAGGCACUGUGCCUGCAUCUGCCGACGCGCAGACACCGAAUGCUCAACGGGCAUGCGCUUCGAUCGAGCGCUAUGCAGAUGUGUGAAAGAUCUCUACAACGUGGCAGUGAUGACCUGAACGACUUCAAACCACGCCUCUCUGGUGCUUACCAAGAUGCACACUGCCUUUGUCAUUGCUCCACAAAUGUGCAUUUGCACAUGUUAUUUCAUGCUCAUAACCUCACACAUUGGUCUAUGCCGCCCACUUUUUUUUUCACUGCCUAACUACAGCAACACAACACCCAGAACAGCAAUAUUGAUAGGGCCAUACAUGUACGAGUUUCCAUGUCAAGUUCGCACCUGCGGUAAUAAAAACAAUCUCUCAACAUUUACAAACAA